AUGUCACCAGUCCUCUAUGUCACCAGUCCUCUGUGUCACCAGUCCUCUAUGUCACCAGUCCUCUAUGUCACCAGUCCUCUGUGUCACCAGUCCUCUGUGUCACCAGUCCUCUAUGUCACCAGUCCUCUCUGUCACCAGUCCUCUGUGUCACCAGUCCUCUAUGUCACCAGUCCUCUAUGUCACCAGUCCUCUGUGUCACCAGUCCUCUGUGUCACCAGUCCUCUAUGUCACCAGUCCUCUGUGUCACCAGUCCUCUCUGGCACCAGUCCUCUAUGUCACCAGUCCUCUGUGUCACCAGUCCUCUGUGUCACCAGUCCUCUAUGUCACCAGUCCUCUGUGUCACCAGUCCUCUCUGGCACCAGUCCUCUAUGUCACCAGUCCUCUGUGUCACCAGUCUUCUGUGUCACCAGUCCUCUAUAUCACCAGUCCUCUGUGUCACCAGUCCUCUGUGUCACCAGUCCUCUAUGUCACCAGUCCUCUGUGUCACCAGUCCUCUGUGUCACCAGUCCUCUGUGUCACCAGUCCUCUAUGUCACCAGUCCUCUAUGUCACCAGUCCUCUGUGUCACCAGUCCUCUAUGUCACCAGUCCUCUAUGUCACCAGUCCUCUGUGUCACCAGUCCUCUAUGUCACCAGUCCUCUAUGUCACCAGUCCUCUGUGUCACCAGUCCUCUGUGUCACCAGUCCUCUAUGUCACCAGUCCUCUGUGUCACCAGUCCUCUCUGGCACCAGUCCUCUAUGUCACCAGUCCUCUGUGUCACCAGUCCUCUGUGUCACCAGUCUUCUGUGUCACCAGUCCUCUAUAUCACCAGUCCUCUGUGUCACCAGUCCUCUAUGUCACCAGUCCUCUGUGUCACCAGUCCUCUAUGUCACCAGUCCUCUGUGUCACCAGUCCUCUGUGUCACCAGUCCUCUAUGUCACCAGUCCUCUGUGUCACCAGUCCUCUAUGUCACCAGUCCUCUGUGUCACCAGUUCUCUGUGUCACCAGUCCUCUGUGUCACCAGUCCUCUGUGUCACCAGUCUUCUGUGUCACCAGUCCUCUAUAUCACCAGUCCUCUGUGUCACCAGUCCUCUGUGUCACCAGUCCUCUAUGUCACCAGUCCUCUGUGUCACCAGUCCUCUAUGUCACCAGUCCUCUGUGUCACCAGUCCUCUAUGUCUGCCCACGGGGCGGUCGGGUAG